UAGUUGGGAUUUCAUAUAUGCUGAAUAUAUCAUGGAAGCUGGGAAUCACCAUAGAGCUAUUGUCUGGCAGAUAGCUGAAGAUUACUCUCACUGUGAUCUGCUACUCCGGCUUCCUGGAUAUUGUCCUAUGCCGGCAUUCAGGGAUCUUAUUGAUGUUCCGUUAGUUGUUAGAAGAUUACGCAAAUCAAGAUCUGAGGUAAGAAAAGAACUUGGAAUUGGAGAUGAUGUCAAAGUGCUUAUUUUUAACUUUGGCGGACAGCCAGCAGGAUGGAAUCUUAAGCAAGACUGGCUUCCUGAUGGUUGGUUUUGUCUGGUUUGUGGUGCAUCUGACAAUCAAGAACUUCCACCAAACUAUGUAAAGCUUGCAAAAGAUGUAUAUACACCAGACUUUAUUGCUGCUUCUGACUGCAUGCUUGGAAAAGUUGGAUAUGGCACUGUCAGUGAAUCUUUGGCAUACAAAGUGCCAUUUGUUUUUGUACGUAGGGAUUAUUUCAAUGAAGAACCAUUCUUGCGCAAUAUGCUUGAGCAUUACCAGGGUGGUGUGGAGAUGAUUAGGAGGGAUUUACUCACUGGCCGAUGGGCUCCAUAUCUUGAGCGUGCACUCACUCUUAAGCCAUGCUAUGAGAGAGGCAUUGAUGGUGGUGAGAUCAUAGCUGGCUUACUGCAGCAUACUGCUAAAGGAAAAUAUUUUGUUUCUCAUCAGUUGAGUGGAGCAAGGAGAUUGCGGGAUGCCAUAGUUCUUGGAUAUCAGUUACAAAGAGUUCCAGGGAGAGAUAUGACAGUACCUGAUUGGUAUUCUUUGGCUGAGAAUGAAAUUGGUUUUCAGCCAGCGGCAUCAAAUGCAGAUAUGAAUGUUAAAAUUCUUUCAAAAUUAUGCUUUGAGGAGUUUGAAAUACUUCAUGGAGAGUUUCAUGGUUUGCCUGAUACGGUUGCUUUUAUAAAGAGCUUAUCUGGACUUGCUAAAAUAGCUGACUCAAGUCCUCAAAAGUGCCCAAUGCGAGAGCAUGUUGCUGCUUCAGCACUCUUUGACUGGGAGGAGGAGAUUUAUGUUGCAAGAGCACCUGGGAGGUUGGAUGUGAUGGGAGGAAUUGCAGAUUAUUCAGGGAGCCUUGUCUUACAGAUGCCUAUCAAAGAAGCCUGCCAUGUUGCUGUGCAAAAGAACCAUCCUAGGAAGCAGAAACUCUGGAAACAUGCUCAAGCACGGCAGCAGGCAAAAGGACUAGGGUCUAUUGCUGUGCUGCAAAUUGUGUCAUUUGGUUCAGAGUUGAGCAAUCGUGCACCGACCUUUGACAUUGACCUCUCCGAUUUAAUGGAUGGAGAACAACCUAUGUCAUAUGAAAAGGCUCGCCAAUUGUUUUCACAAGAUCCUUCUCAGAAGUGGGCAGCAUAUGCUGCUGGAACAGUUCUAGUCUUGAUGGCUGAGCUUGGUGUUAGAUUUACACAAAGUAUAAGCAUACUGGUUUCUUCUGCUGUUCCGGAAGGCAAGGGCGUCUCCUCUUCUGCUGCAGUUGAAGUGGCUACUAUGUGUGCAAUUGCUGCAGCUCAUGAUCUGAGAAUUGAACCAAGGGAUAUCGCAUUACUUUGUCAAAAGGUUGAAAAUCAUGUUGUUGGAGCUCCCUGUGGAGUGAUGGACCAAAUGACAUCUGCAUGUGGGGAAGCAAACAAACUGCUAGCCAUGGUUUGCCAGCCUGCAGAAGUAAAGGAACUUGUCCCUAUUCCAUCUCACAUAAGAUUCUGGGGUCUUGAUUCUGGUAUCCGUCACAGUGUUGGUGGAACUGACUAUGGAUCUGUUAGAAUAGGUGCCUUUAUGGGGCGCAGGAUGAUCAAGUCUGAAGCCUCUUCUUUGCUGUCAGACUCUCUAGGGGGUAUCGAGCCUCAACAAGUUGGUAAAAUGACUCCUGAUGACUCUGAUGAAGGACAUGGAAUUGAGAUACUUAAAACUGAAGCAUUAUUGGAUUAUUUGUGCAAUAUAUCGACACACCGAUAUGAAUGCCUGUACACAAAGAAACUUCCAGAAUGCAUAAGUGGAGAGGAAUUCUUGACAAAAUAUUUGGAUCACAAUGAUGUAGUAACCAUUAUUGAUCCCAAGCGCACUUAUGCAAUCAAGGCUCCUACUAAACAUCCAAUUUAUGAGAAUUUCCGUGUUGAGGCCUUUAAAGCCUUGCUAACUGCAGCCCAAACUGAUGAACAACUUUGUUCCCUUGGGGAACUGAUGUAUCAGUGUCAUUACAGCUACAAUGAGUGCGGGCUUGGCUCAGAUGGAACGGAUAGGCUUGUAAACCUGGUGCAAGAAAUGCAGCACUCUAAAUCCUAUCAAGAUGGAAGUGCAAGUUUAUUUGGUGCAAAAAUCACUGGGGGAGGCUCUGGUGGUUCAGUUUGUGUUAUUGGAAGAAAUUGCAUUCAAAGUACUGAAGAAAUUCAGAAGAUUCAGCAAAGGUAUAAAUCUGCAACUGGCUACUUGCCCUACAUUUUUGAAGGCUCAUCACCGGGUGCUGGAAAAUUUGGUUAUCUAAGAAUACGCAUGCGGCAAUCCUUGACAGACGCCUCUCCAAGGAACUAAGUCACACAUACUUGCAAUUGAAAUAUUAGCUCAGUUAAUAAUUUGGUCCCAAGAGUAGCACAAACAAUUAUAUAUGAAACUCGCUGACCGCCAUCACAAUUGAAAUCAUUGCCCUUGUAAAAAUUUAUGUUGGAUAAGUGUGACGAUCUUUGAAAAUCUUUGAGUUUGUGUUUACAGUUGCUACUCAAUUGUUAUUGUUUAGCUCCAUCUCAAAUAAAUGUUGCAUCCUUGAUUCAUGUCA